GCCAACGCGGAGCCGGAGCAGCGUCUGUGAAGCGCCUGGGCUCCGCCGAGACCGCCGUGCCGGUUCCUCUUCGCCGCCGCUUCAGCCGCUGCCGCCGCCACCGGAGGAGCGGCCGUCUAUUGUCUUUCUCCGCGGCGAAAGUGCGGAGCUGCUCCGGCUCGGCCCGCGGGGGAGCCCCGGGAGCCGCAGGUAUCCUGGGUCAUGAAACUUAAUCCACAGCAAGCUCCGUUAUAUGGCGAUUGUGUUGUCACAAUCCUGCUUGCUGAAGAGGACAAAGUUGAAGAUGAUGUAGUUUUUUACUUGGUAUUUUCAGGUUCUACCCUCCAUCACUGUACAAGUACUCGGAAGGUCAGUUCUGAUACAUUGGAGACCAUUGCUCCUGGUCAUGACUGCUGUGAGACAGUGAAGGUGCUGCUCUGUGCUUCCAAAGAGGGGCUUCCCGUGUUUGUGGUAGCUGAAGAAGACUUUCAUUUCAUCCAGGAUGAAGCAUAUGACGCAGCCCAAUUCCUGGCAGCCAGUGCUGGAAAUCAGCAGGCUCUGAACUUCACCCGUUUUCUUGACCGGUCAGGACCCCCAUCUGGGGAUGUGAAUUCCCUUGAUGAGAAGGUUGCACUGGCAUUCAGACACCUGAAGCUGCCAGCAGAGUGGAAUGUGCUGGGGACAGAUCAUACUUUGCAUGAUGGUGGCCCCCGGGAAACAUUGAUGCAUUUUGCUGUGCGGCUGGGAUUGCUGAGGUUGACAUGGUUGCUGUUGCAGAAGCCAGGUGGCCGAGGAGCUCUCAGCAUCCACAACCAGGAAGGGGCAACGCCUGUGAGCUUGGCCUUGGAGCGAGGUUAUCACAAGCUGCACCAGCUUCUAACCGAGGAGAAUGCUAGAGAACCAGACUCCUGGAGCAGUUUAUCGUAUGAAAUAUCUUAUGGAGACUGUUCUGUGAGGCAUCAUCGAGAGUUGGACAUCUAUACAUUAACCUCUGAGUCUGAAUCAUAUCCUGAACCCCCAUUUCCUGGAGACAGUUGCACUGGACAUAUUUUUAAACUUAUGAACAUUCAACAGCAACUGAAAACAAACCUCAAGCAGAUGGACAAUCUUAUGCCCUUAAUGGUGACAGCACAAGAUCCUUCCAGUCCACACAGUGCCCCGGGGACAGAUCGUCAGUUCCUUCCCUGUGCACGAGAGCCCAUGGACAGCCAGCAGCUUUCUUCUCCUGAAGAUACUGAGAGCACUCUGUGCUGCCAAGAGAGGCCACUUGGGCAGAUUGAGAGCUCCUAUGAUUUGUCUGGUGCAGUUGAGAAAGAGAAUACAGACUGUUCCUGUAGGAAGAAAAAUAAAGAUGUGGAGAGAAAAAGGGAAAAGGUGGAGCCAGCACCUGUCGUGGACUCUGGAACUUUGUCUGAUCAAGAAAGCUGCCUUCAGAGCAUGCCUGAUUGCGGAGUAAAGGGCACGGAAGGCCUUCUGUCCUGUGGAAAAAGAAGUGAAGAAACUGGAACAAAAUCAUCUGGAAUGGCCACAGACCAGGAGUCUCUGAGCCGCGGAGACAGUAUGCUGCAAGGAGACAUUAUCCUCGAGCCGGGCACAGCCCAGCAUUCCUCAGGAGGUGAACUGGCAGGUGGUUCAACAGAUGCCAAUAACCCAGAGCCUGCAGGGGAAAUGGAUCAUAGUCUCACGAACCCAGAUGCUACUGUCCAGAAGAAUAUGCUUCAAGUAGGAGAAAGUACAAAGGAAAGAUUUGAGAACUCUAAUACCAGCACAACUGGAGCCUCUGACUUAGAAGUUACGAGUAAACCUGUGGAUAAAGCCAGUGUUCCUAAGUUUGUCUCUGCUACCAGUUCCCAGGGUGGUAACAAACCUGCUGAGUCUUUACUUGCAUUUAGUAACGGAGAGACCUCCACUGAAAAAACAGAAACUGAAACUUCAAGGAGAAAUUGUGAAGAGAGUGCUGAUGCUCCAGUAGAUCAGAACUCUCUGGUAAUUUCAGCUGCUGCAAAUGCCAAGAUUUCAGAUGGAUUAGAACCUGACAGUUCCUUAGCAGGCGUAUGUGAGGAAAUGUCACCCUCAGAUUUAACCUUUCUUGGGCUAGGAAAAGAUGUAAUGCCAGGCCAGAAAUCAGAAACGAACUCAUCUCAUGCACAACGCCAAAAUAGCACAUCACCCAUUUGUUCUACAACUGGAGAUGAUAAUCUUUGCACUGACUCUGCAUGUCAGCAGAGCACAGUGACUUCUAGUGGUGAGUUGGUUGCAAAACAUUGCGAUGACAUAGUUGGCCAGCCUGAAAGCACCACAACAGGGCAGCCCAACACACAAGAUCCACUCACUGCUGUCUGCUGUGAAGACCCACAGGCUGACACAGUCAUCUCUGACCCUAUAAGAGAUAACCAGGAGCACGUAGAUGUUUGUCCUCUAGAAGUUUUGGAUAAUGAGGACCAGGGAAAAGAUUUGAAAGCAGAUAAACCUUUAACAGAUAUGCUUGAGGUGGUUUUGCAUCCGCAUCCAGUUGUCCCUAAAACUGAGAAAGAACUGGUGACAAACCAGGCAGUGACAUCAGACAGCACUUUCUCUCUGGCAAGCAGUGCAGGCAGUGAAUCAGUAACCAAAGAUGAUGCACUUUUACUUGUCUCCUCCCAGAAAGAAAAGGGAACAGCAACUCCUAAACUACAUACAGCUACAGAUUAUAGAGGUGGCCCAGACGGAGAUUCAGAUGAUCCCAAUAAGCAGCCACUAGAAGACAGUGCAGCAGACCUGUCCACAUCCUCCACUGCUACAGAGCUUCAGUCCAGCAUGGGGAAUACCAGUCCUGUAGGACUUGGUGGGGAGCAAGAGGAUCCUGGCCUCUUAGCAACACCUGAAGUUCUGGAUAUCAUGAGGGGCACUGACUCUUCUCUACCAAGUGUGGGUAAGGCCACUUUGGCCUCUGGUUCAGUUUUGACCGAAGAAGGAAAAAAUCUGGUGGUUCCAGAAUGUGCUGCCACCCAGAGCCAAGAUGACAAGGAUAAAGCAGUGACUUGUUCCUUCAGUAGGGAAGACCCUCUUUCUUCAGGAACAUUGCAGGAAGAGCAGAGAACACCAUCCGCUGGACGACAGACACCAGGAUUCUGUGAAAAACCUGUCUCAGCUGCCUGGGCUGAGGACAAAGCACUGCAGCACAGUAACUCACUGGGCACACCCUCUGCCUGUCUUAAGGCAGAAACUAAACAUAAUAAGGAAGUGGCCUCACCAGUCUCACUGCUGACUGAAGGUGGGGCUGCACAGGGCCUGGUGCCACCAGGAACUAGUCUGGCUGUAGACUCAAGGCAGGAAGACUUGGUUGCAGAGCAGAACAGCUCACCUCUGUUGCCAGGUCUAUUGCCAGAUGGGGCUGAGGCUCUUAAUUGCAAUCAACCUCUUGCUGUGAAUGUUGGAGUAAAGAACACUCAUUGCCAGGAAAAACCCAGGGCCUGUGAGGUGAGUGGAAAUGUGAUAGAGGAUGUUGCCCUGCUUAAUGCUCUACAGGAUACUGCUGGGGCCAGAAGAAAGGAUAUAUCACACGACCCUGAAGACAUACCAAUUCUAGAAGUCUUGUCGAACCAGGAGAACAUGAUCCUGGGUUUGCCAGGAGCUUUGCCAGACAAAGGUGUGACUGACCUGCAGGGAACUGCAACCCCAGAGAUGGUGCCUCUUGAUUGGGAGAGAGGGAAGCUGGAGGGAGCAGAGCACAGCUGCACCAUGGUCGACUCCAAGGAGGCACAAAUGGACAAGGACACACAUCCUGUCCUGCUGCAGCCUAUAGCCAAGGAGCUCCCCACAGAGACAGGGCUCUCCACCCAUGGUGACAAGGCCGCAGUUGGCAUGAGGGAAGCCUCAGCCACAAGCAGGAAAGGGAGUGCUCCCUCUCUGCCUUCCACGGUCUCUGCCCUAGCUGUGUAUCUGCCUAAGGGAGCAGACUCGAUAGAGGAGGCUGCCAGUCGCAUAGUGGAUGCUGUCAUAGAACAAGUCAAGGCCUCAGGAGCACUGCUUACUGAGGGGGAAAUCAGUCAUAAAUCAGUGUCCCGUCCUGAGUCGGGUCCUCUGACUGGACAGCUAGAGGAUGCUUCUACAGAAAAAGUGAAUGCUGUCCUGCCUGGGAAGACCCCACAAACAGACAGUAUUCAUGAAGAAACCACGGGGAACCUUGCAGGGUGUUUUGCUGGAAGGGAGAAGCCAGAGAUUAUCCUGCCUGUCCAAGGGCCCGAGUUGGCAGCAGAAAUGCCAGACACAAAAGCUGAAGAUGAAGUGGAUUUUCUAAGUAAUACCAGAGUGAGGUCAGUUUCUGAAGAGCUGGCUGUAGGGAGGGAAGCCACUGCGCCUGAGAUGAAACAGGGCCUGAAGAUCAAGGCGAUAAACCGAGAAAGCUGGUGUACUAUACAGCCAUGCCCUGAUGCAGUAUCUCUUUUGGCUUCCAAGCAAAGCCCAGAAUGUGAGAACUUCCUGGAUGUUGCACUGGGCAGAGAGUGUGCCUCAAAACAAAGCAUACUUAAAAGAGAAUCUGGGAGUGAUUCUAACCUCUUUCACUCACCCAGUGAAGAAAUGGACAGCAUCAUCUUCUCAAAGCCUGAGGAAGAGCAGUCGGCCUGUGAUAUCACUGGAUCCAGUUCUUCCACUGAUGACACAGCUUCCCUGGAUCGACAUUCUUCUCAUGGCAGUGAUGUGUCACUCCCCCAGAUUUCAAAGUUGAACAGGUCCAGAGAUCAGCAGAGCCUUGAUGGCUUCUACAGCCAAGGGGUGGGAACUGAGGGUCGAGAAAGUGAGAGUGAACCUGCUGGCUCAGGUGAAAUGGAAGAGGAAGAGAUGGACAGCAUCACUGAAGUGCCUGCAAACUGCUCUGUCCUGAGAAGCUCCAUGCGCUCUCUGUCCCCUUUCCGAAGGCACAGCUGGGGUCCCGGGAAGAAUGCAGCCAGUGAUGCAGAAAUGAACCAGCGGAGUUCAAUGCGAGUUCUUGGGGAUGUUGUCAGGAGACCUCCCAUUCAUAGGAGAAGUAUGAGCUGGUGUCCCUCUGGUGUGCAAUACUCUGCUGCCCUGAGUGCUGACUUUAAUUACAGAAGUUUCAGUCUAGAAGGCUUGACAGAAGGAGCUGGUAUUGGAAACAGGCCAACCUCAUCUCUAGAAGUAAACUCUGCAAACACCAAAGAGCUCAGACAUCCUUUCGGUGGUGAGGAACAAGGUGACUCUUUGAUGUCACUUUCAGAAGAGGAUCUGGAGUCAGACCAGAGGGAAUGUAGGAUGUUUGGUCAGCAGACAUGUCACAGAUCUAAGCAGCAGAGAUUUAAUUACUGUACAUCAGCCAUUUCUUCUCCCUUGACUAAGUCCAUCUCAUUAAUGACAAUCAGCCAUCCUGCAUUGGACACUCAGCAGCAGAUGCAGCCAGCAAGGCGGAUCUCCUUCUCCAUCAACAUCUCUCCGCUCCUCCUUAAGUCUAAAACUCUCUUUUCUCUUGGCUCUUCUUAUUCCAGUGAUGAGGAGGAGGAGAUGCAUAGUUCUCGGCCUUUCCAUAGCACCAGUGCUAAUCUGACUGAAAGUAUAACAGAGGAGAACUGUAAUUGUCCGCCACAAAGCCCUUCCAAGAAAGAUUUUGAAGGGAAGAGUGGAACAAAAGUCAGUCGUACAUUCAGCUACAUUAAGAAUAAAAUGUCCAGCAGUAAGAAGAGCAAAGAAAAGGAAAAAGAGAAAGAUAAAAUUAAGGAGAAGGAGAAAGAUUCUAAAGAGAAGGAGAAAGACAAGAAGACUCUCAAUGGGCACACUUUCACUUCCAUUCCUGUUGUGGGUCCCAUCAGCUGUAGCCAGUGCAUGAAGCCUUUCACCAGCAAAGAUGCCUACACUUGUGCAAAUUGCAGUGCUUUUGUCCACAAAGGCUGCAGAGAAAGUCUGGCCUCCUGUGCAAAGGUCAAAAUGAAGCAGCCCAAAGGGGUUCUCCAGGCGCAUGACACGUCAUCACUGCCCACGGUCAUCAUGAGAAGCAAGUCCUCACAGCCCAAGGAACGCCCUCGAUCCGCAGUCCUCCUGGCUGAAGAAACCACUGCCAUCCCCAUGUUUGCGAAUAGACGGUCCCAGCAGAGUGUCGCACUCUCCAAAAGUGUCUCCAUACAGAACAUUACUGGAGUUGGCAAUGAUGAGAACAUGUCAAACACCUGGAAAUUCCUGUCUCAUUCCACAGACUCACUAAAUAAAAUCUGCAAGGUCAAUGAGUCAACAGAAUCACUUACUGAUGAAGGAGUAGGUACAGACAUGAAUGAAGGACAACUAAUGGGAGACUUUGAGAUUGAUUCCAAACAGCUAGAAGCAGAGUCCUGGAGUCGGAUAGUGGACGGCAAGUUUCUGAAACAACAGAAGAAAGAUGUGGUCAAACAGCAAGAAGUGAUUUAUGAGUUGAUGCAGACGGAGUUACAUCACAUCCGCACACUCAAGAUCAUGAAUGAUGUGUACAGCCGGGGGAUGAUGACGGAUCUGCUCUUUGAGCAGCAGAUGGUGGAUAAGCUGUUCCCCUGUUUGGAUGAGCUAAUCAGUAUCCAUAGCCAGUUCUUUCAGAGGAUCCUGGAGCGGAAGAAGGAGUCUUUGGUGGACAAAACUGACAAGAACUUUCUCAUUAAGAGGAUAGGGGAUGUGCUUGUAAAUCAGUUCUCAGGUGAGAAUGCAGAACGCUUAAAAAAGACAUAUGGCAAGUUUUGUGGGCAGCACAAUCAGUCUGUAAACUACUUCAAAGACCUUUAUACCAAGGAUAAGCGUUUCCAAGCCUUCGUAAAGAAGAAGAUGAGCAGUUCAGUCGUAAGGAGGCUUGGAAUCCCAGAGUGCAUACUGCUUGUAACCCAGCGGAUCACCAAGUACCCAGUUUUAUUCCAAAGAAUAUUGCAGUGUACCAAAGACAAUGAAGUGGAGCAGGAAGAUCUAGCUCAGUCCUUGAGCCUGGUGAAGGAUGUGAUUGGAGCUGUAGACAGCAAAGUGGCAAGUUAUGAAAAGAAAGUGCGUCUCAAUGAGAUUUACAUGAGGACAGACAGCAAGUCGAUCAUGAGGAUGAAGAGUGGUCAGAUGUUUGCCAAGGAGGAUUUGAAACGGAAGAAGCUUGUGAGGGAUGGGAGUGUGUUUCUGAAGAGCGCAGCAGGAAGGUUAAAAGAGGUUCAAGCAGUUCUGCUCACUGACAUUUUAGUUUUCCUUCAAGAAAAAGACCAGAAAUACAUCUUUGCAUCAUUGGACCAGAAAUCCACAGUGAUCUCUUUAAAGAAGCUGAUUGUAAGAGAAGUGGCACAUGAGGAGAAAGGCUUAUUCCUGAUCAGUAUGGGGGUAAAAGAUCCAGAGAUGGUGGAAGUCCACGCUGGCUCCAGAGAGGAACGAAACAGCUGGAUGCAGAUCAUUCAGGACACAAUCAACACCCUGAACAGAGAUGAAGAUGAAGGAAUUCCUAGUGAGACUGAGGAAGAAAAGAAAAUGUUGGACACCAAAGCCCGGGAAUUAAAAGAACAACUUCAACAGAAGGACCAGAAGAUCCUGCUCUUGCUGGAAGAGAAGGAGAUGAUUUUCCGGGAUAUGACUGAGUGCAGCACUCCCUUGCCAGAAGAUUGCUCCCCGGCUCACAGUCCUAGAAUCCUCUUCCGCUCCAACACAGAGGAGGCUCUCAAAGGAGGACCUUUAAUGAAAAGUGCAAUAAAUGAGGUGGAGAUCCUUCAGAGUUUGAUGAGUGGAAGCCUGGGAGGCACCCUUGGUCAGGCUGUCAGCAGCCCUGUGGAGCAGGAAGGCUUGGUUGGCCCUGUUUCCUUGCCCCGGAGAGCAGAGACCUUUGGAGGAUUUGACAGCCAUCAGAUGAAUGCUUCAAAAGGAGGUGAGAAAGAAGAGGGAGAUGAUGGCCAGGAUCUCAGGAGAACAGAAUCAGACAGUGGUCUGAAAAAGGGUGGAAAUGCUAACCUGGUAUUUAUGCUUAAAAGAAACAGUGAGCAGGUUGUCCAGAGCAUUGUUCAUCUCCACGAACUCCUCAGCACUCUUCAGGGCGUGGUGUUACAGCAAGACAGCUACAUCGAGGACCAGAAGCUGGUGCUGAACGAGAGGACGCUCACACGGAACUCAUCGCGCCCCAGCUCCCUCAUUGAGCAGGAGAAGCAGCGCAGCCUGGAGAAGCAGCGCCAGGACCUGGCCAACCUUCAGAAGCAGCAGGCACAGCACCUGGAGGAGAAACGUCGGCGCGAGCGUGAGUGGGAGGCCCGUGAGAGGGAGCUGCAGGAGCGCGAGGCUCGGCUGGCCCAGCGCGAGGAGCAGCUGCAGCGCGGCCAGCAGGACCUGCAGCGGGAACGCGAGGAGCUCCAGCAGCGGAAGGGCACCUACCAGUGCGACCUGGAGCGGCUGCGCGCCGCCCAGAGACAGCUCGAGAGGGAGCAGGAGCAACUGCGACGUGACACGGAGCGGCUCAGCCAGCGGCCAGCGGAGCAGCGGGACCUGUGUCAGGUUUCACAUCAACAUAACAAGCUGAUGAGGAUCCCAUCCUUCUUUCCCAGUUCUGAAGAGUCCCCCUCACCCUGUGUACCUUCAGUAGCCAAAUCAACGUCAUUGGACUCAGAACUUUCCGUGUCCCCAAAAAGGAACAGCAUCUCUCGGACACACAAAGAGAAGGGGCCUUUUCACAUACUGAGUUCAACCAGCCAGACAAACAAAGUGCAGGAGGGGCAGAGCCAGGCCCCCGCUCCCGCCUCGGCCUCCAGCCGCCUGUUUGGGUUAGCUAAGCCACGGGAGAAGAAGGAGAGAAAGAAGAAGAGCAAAGCCAGCCGCACUCAGCCUGGUGAUGGCCCUGCAUCGGAAGUGUCAGCAGAGGGUGAAGAGAUCUUCUGCUGACCCUUUUCCUCUCUGCUGAGGCAGCUGCCUCCUGUCCUGGCCAGUGGUUCCAAGCCCCACCUCUCCUGCUGCCCCUGCGUGUUCAAGUCUCUUACACUGGACGCCCACUGCUCUCCAGCGUCCAGUGCUCUUGGGCUGCCCCAGGUUCUGGACAAGAAGGAACAGAUUGUCUUGAGUGUCAGGGUUGGGAAGGAGGCCCAGACUAAGUUUUGGCCAUAAUUUGGCCAAGGACUCAUGGGUUGGGGCUGGCCCUACUCAAAUGUUACACUGAAAAUAGUGGCCUCAAGUACAGGCGAUGGCUUUGGACAUGUCAGGAAUUCCUAAAGGCUGCAAGAGUGUUUCCAAAUGAAGUCUGAAACUGACUGCCUUUUGUUUUGGGGAACACAACUAAAAUCAAACAGCAGACAGUUUGGACUUUUUCUGUGUAUAUGUAUAGUGACCCAUCUGCAUAUCCACCUGGGGCAUCCCACAGAUGUGCACAGCCUGCACCGGGCAUCUCAUCAGCAUAGGUCAGCAUGAGAGGGAAUGCCUGUACCGAGUAGGUGGCAUGUGGGUGCUCAGUACAUCACCCUGUAGUCCUCAGAGAUUGGGUCCCUUUAAACCCACCCUGUGCACACAUCACCCCUUUUUGCAUGCAUUUCUCAUUUCAUUUUAGAAGGGAUGACAUUUGUGAAACCAGUGAGAGAAGGCUUGAUGUGUAUAAGAAGCAUAAGAUCUGCACCACCUUGAUCUCAGUGUUCCAGACACUUAAAAAAAAAAAAAAGUAGUAUCUCAUUUCAUCAUUAAAUCCAGAAGAAAUAUACAGGCUUUCCAAGAUGGUUCCCCACCUAUUCUGGGCACAGAUGAAGUGGAGAGGCCACCUCGCCAUUAUUUUGCACUUGUGACACUUUUUGGUUGUCACUGACCACUCAGAAGGGGCCACGGCCUCCUGGGAAUUUUCCUGAGCUCUCCUAGUGGCUCCCCAGGGCACUGCUGCCAUCUGGCCCUCACCAUGGAGGAGAGUGUGGGCCACCACACAGCACCACCAGGGCUGCCUGCCACUUCAGCCAGGUUGUGCCAGCCUCCUGGCCAGAACCAGGCAAGAGCUGGGCUCUUAGGCCUCUGAGAAGUUGUCGCAGCCCCCCCACGCUAGGACAGCUGGCCCAGACAUAGGUUCAGGUGAAGGGGUUAGCCUAUGUGUAACGGUUAGCGCCGUACCAGCCAAGAGAGGAGCUAGCCAGGUGUGGCUAGGAAAGCUCUUGUUCUGUCAGGGGCCUCAGUAAAAUUUGAUUUCUUAAAAAAUGUUUUAAAUCUGAAGGUCUGUUGAUUAUUGGUUGUAUUCUACCCCUUAAAGAUGUCACACAUGCUGCUUGUUUUUCUUUUCUCUUUGCACUGUUUUGAUCCUUGUUUGCUUGAGGCUUUUUCCCCGCUGGUAUGUGCAGGACAGUUCCAUUGGUAAUGUUUCCCUUGGAGGCCCCACGUACCUGCCACAGUCGGUACUUCCCACGAGGAGAGACCCUGGAAAAUUCUGUGUUUCACAUGUGGCCUUCAGUUCCUGCUUUUUGCCUCUCAGAAGUGUGGGGCUUUGAAUAUACUUUUAAAAACAAAACAAAAAAAAUUUGUAACUUGGUGCUUGUUGAUGAAUUGCAAGCUGGCCUUGCAGAUGGAGGUAUUUAUCUUUCAGUUUAUUUGAAAGAGAUCUGGUUUAAAAUUUUUAGCCUAGAUUUGUUUUAUUUAUUUUGUGUGUGUGUGUGUGUUGGGUUUUUUUUUUUUAAGCGUGCACCAAUACUAGUCCAACAGUUGGAACUGAUGAAUGCAGAGGGAGCAGCAGCCAGCGCUGCUUGCUCAGCAGUGUCUUUCCAGGUGCCUCAAAGGCCCAGAUCAAAACCAAGGGCUGGGGAAGGGGUCCAUUCCAUUCCCUCCCCCGACCCCCAUCUCAUUCUUUUAUCAAGGGAUGUCUUUCAUGUUUGAGAAUUAAGAAACUUGCCACCUGUGAGCUACCUUUGUUUUUGUGAUGGAGAAUUCUUACCCUUUAGAAAUAGACUUUUAAGACCAAAACCAGCUGAUUUUCCUAUUGAAACCUUGAUGCACAUCCCCAAAGACCCUAAACAGCAAAAAGUCAAGUUGCUUCCCUCCACCAAUCCAUACAACUCUAAGCCAUAACUGAAGCCUGUCAUAAUCUUGCUCAGAUCCAGCAUGGGGCUCAGCUGUUGGUCCUUGUCACUGGCUCCUCCUCCCACAAAGAGAGGUGCUCUGCUAAAAGGGAAGGACCCAGCUCCCACCUCGGGUUCACGGGUGGGCAGUAUUUGAAGAUGACCUUCAUUUCUUCCCUGUGUAGAUAGACAUAGGCCCAACGACCCUGUUCUCUGGGUUUGAAACAAUUGGGGGUUAGUGCUGAUCAGAUUUACUCUCACAGAUGGGCUUCACAAAAGUGCUAUGGAUAGUGUAAGUUAAUAUACAUCGCUGCACAGCUUGAUUUCUGUUUUAAAGGGUCUUUUACUUCCAUCCAGCUGCGAUGUUUAACUUGCCUUGAUUGUUUUGGUGGUAGUUUUUAAGAAUGGAGAUUUCACCUCUACCCACAGCCCACUAAUUUAAAACGAUUUGGUCAGGUUCUAGUUGGACAAGUUUAGAAUCAGAGAUUCAGAAGGUCAUCCCCUGAAGUCCCCCAUGCCACCCAACUUUGGGACUAUAUCUGCAUAGGUGCAGAAAGAACCAGUUACCAAGAACUGCUCUUACAUGCCUUUGUAUCUCUCUCCCCCUUGACACUGACCUCAGGGGGAUUUAUUAUUGUGCUUGGGGAAUUGCCUGGGAUUGUGGCUGCUUGUGCUUUCGCAUAUGACCUUGAGAACUAAAGCCCCACCUGGAUCUCUCUCCUGUGUGAUUUUCUAGGAUAGCUCGGAUUGAAUUCCCACACUGUUCCCCAUACUAAGAAGCCAUGUUUUCUCAUCAAGCUAAAGAAAUCAGAUUCCUGAAAUUGUGCUGAAAUCUUGGGGGACAGAUGGAGAUACGAUCCAGAGUCUCUAGAUUUCCAGAAUCUAGUGAACUUCCUAGGAGGAGACUACAUAUUCUCUCAAAUUAUUAUCAUCUCAGUAGUUGUCAUCCCAGUCAGGUGACGUGCACUUUAAAUGCUCUCAUCAGUUGGCUUCAUUUUUGAGACAAUCAAGUAUGUUAACUGUUUUCUUGGAAAAUGGAGAGGGUUAAAACCAUGUAAAUUGCCAUAUCCAGCCUUUACCAACAUUCCCUCUACCACCACCCUGUCCUGCGAGAGCUAUCUGUGGGGAAGAAAUUCUUAUCAAGAUUGUUUUUUUGAAAAGGUACGAAUCUUACCUUUUUUCCUCUUAACAUGUCUCAGGGUAAAUACCACUAAAAGUUCUCCCUUUACUAAUUUUCUCCUUUAUUUGUUGUCUUCCCAAAGCCUCAAUAUUAGUAGUAAGCUCAAAUUUUUGAGACCCUUGGGGUUUUGUUUGUCCCUUUAUUUGGGGGGAAUGGUAUUAGUGUGCAGGGGUGAAUUAAAUAGGCCCCGCCCUAAGUGAAAGUGGAACCAUACCUUAUUGGUCAGAACUUGGUUCAGAAAUUGCUAUUCAUAGAAAGACUUUAUAUUUCGUUCUUUUGUCUCUAAGACUGUUUUUCUAUAGCCGGUUCGUUUGUCCCAACGAUUUUAAGAUUUGCAUUGGAGAUGAAGUUCACCAUAACAGUGGGUGGCCAGCUGUGCCCACAGGACAGCCUGGCCCUGGCAGGGGUUUAGAAAGACAGUCCUGGUGGCCAGAAAGGGAGGCACUGAGGUGACCCCAGAUACUGCAGAAGGAUGUCCAUCCUCUGUGCUUGGGCACCCUUGGAUAACAGUGCCAAUGGUCACAGGAGACCCGAUGCCUUGCUUUCCUUCAGCAGGACCAUCUCGGCACGCACCCGUUUGCAUCUUGGGGCCUGUCCCAGCUAGCCCUGUCGCUCCUGUCCAUCCUCAGAGGCAAAGAAGAGGGCAAAGAGUUUGGGUCUGGCUCAUAAUUUUUCUUUCAGUGUAGUAUAACAUUCCUAGUUAAUCAGAGUUUGGAAUCUACUGCCUGCUGGCCAGGUUUUGAAAUGAAAAUUAUUUUAAUUCUGCCAUAAAUGAAAAAAAAAAAAAAGGGAAAACAAAGGCAUUUUUCCAGAUCUAAUUUAAUUUGUCACAAGUCUGACAGGCUAUGAAUUAUUUCUCCAUCUGGCUAUGGCUUAAAGAUGGGCAGCCCCCACUGGCUAAGCGUCCCUGUCAUAGAAGUGGGCUGACCUUCCUGGGAACCAGGUAGGCCCCGCCUGUGCUCAGGGGACCUGGUCACUGCACAUCGUUCACCCCCAAGCCCUCCCCAGCAUGAAUUUGCCCCUGCCUUUUGUCAUUGCCUGACGGGAUGGAUAGUCCCAGACACUGACGUAGGAUAUUCCCAGCUAGGUUUGCCUGUGGCUUAAGUGUAGCCUUAUGGCUUCCUGUGUGAAUUACCCGUUUAGGGUGCACUCAGGGAGGCAUGAGGAUUUUCAGGAGGGUGGUUAGGAUACACCUAUACCUCUGCUCUCAUUGGUUGUUUCCAAAUGCUGUAUGAACAUUUCUGUGCUAAAUCCUAUUAAAUAAAAAGACGGGUUAAAACCCAAGUGCUGUAUAUUAAUUUGUAAUUAUGUACAAAGUGAAGCAGUUUUAAACUGUAAUGAUUUUUUUUUCAGUGUGUUUUCUGAAAUUUUGCCACAACAUACUGGCUUUGUAUUUUAUUUAUCUUCCUUUCUAGUUAUCGGCUUCAGACUCUUGUAAAGUCCCCCCCUCAAACCUUUCAAAAAAAUAAAUUUCCUUUGAAGUCUUGA